CUAGUUUUCACUUCUGCACUGGUGGAAUGGUAGGUGUGGUGUGUCAUCUGCUUGACGUGAUGUCAUACCAAUAAUUGCGAAUAUAGAAUAUUCGUAAUUGCGAAUUGCAAAUAUAGUAUAUAUAUAAAGUAUAUUAUCAUACGUGAUGGAAGAGUACCCGGCAAUUAAUGUGCGUCUAGCAGUGAACAGGGUUGAUUUAAAUUUGAUAAAAAACAGUAUAGAUACACAACCUCGAAUAUAUACACCGGGCGAAGAGAUAUCUAGUCAGCCUGACUUCUUAAGAGGACAUGGAACGUACGUAGAUGAUGAAAACACAUUGCGCGCGUCUGUGGCUGGGGUUUUGGAAAAGGUAAACAAACUGAUUUCGAUAAGACCUCUGAAAGCUCGUUACCAAGGUGAAAUAGGGGAUGUAGUUGUUGGCCGCAUAACUGAAGUACAACAGAAAAGAUGGAAAGUCGAUACAAAUUCUAAACUCGACUCUGUGCUGUUACUCUCCAGUGUAAAUUUACCAGGUGGAGAAUUGAGGAGAAGAUCAGCAGAAGAUGAACAAACAAUGAGGAGGUAUCUCCAAGAAGGAGAUUUAAUUUGUGCAGAAGUACAAAGUACUUUUGUGGAUGGUGCUCUUUCGUUGCACACUAGAGUCUUGAAGUAUGGCAAGUUAUCUCAAGGCAUAAUGUUGAAAGUCUCGCCAGCUCUUAUAAAAAGGAAGAAAAUCCAUUUUCAUAACUUGGCAAACGGCGCUAGUUUAAUAUUGGGAAACAACGGUUACGUUUGGAUUGGAGCUAGUAUACAAGAUGUUGACAGAUCAGAAGGUGGUUUCACCCAGGAUUUAUCGAGAAUACCUCAAGAGAAUCGUGCAGUUUGUGCGAGACUACGUAACUGCAUAUUGAUCUUGGCCCAAUGUAACAUGCAACUUACAGACACAUCUGUGACAUACGCAUACGAAGAAUCUAUGAAAUAUAAAGUAAGUGAAUUACUAGAACCUGAGGUGAUGGAAACAAAAAUGGAUGCAUGUUUUACUGCAUUCGAUAAAGACGGAGAUGGAUAUUUAUCUAUCAUUGAAUUUGAAUUCAUCUGUCGUGCAUUAUUCCGUAACGAUCGCGGGAAGGUCUACAGUAUCGAGGAAAAUCAAUUGAAGGAAAUAUUUUCUAUAUUCGACUUGAAGGGAGAUGGGAGAAUUGAUAAAGAAGAAUUCGAGUUCUGCUGGAAUCAUUGGAUCAAAGUGUGCACUCGUCCGAAAAGCGCUUUCUUAAUCGUAGACGUGCAAAAUGACUUUAUAUCGGGUUCGUUGAAUAUCAAACAAUGCGCCGCACAGCACGAUGGCUUGGAAGUGAUUGAACCCAUCAAUCGUUUAUUAGAUACUGUGCAAUUCGAUGCUGUAUUUUAUUCUCUCGAUUGGCAUCCUGCAGAUCACGUUUCCUUUAUCGAUAAUUUACAUCUUAGGGAAGUCGACGACAGUAGUGGAAUCUCGAAAGAAGCAGCGCAAGUUUACGAUACCAUAACGUUCAGAGGACCACCGUUGCUGAAACAACGUCUGUGGCCGCGGCAUUGUAUUCAAGAUUCGUGGGGCGCGGAACUUCACAAAGAUUUAAAGAUCGUGGACAAUGCGAUUAAGAUAUACAAGGGAACCAAUCCGGACGUAGACUCGUAUUCUGUAUUUUGGGACAACAAGAAGAUGAUGAAAACAAGCUUGUCCUCGCAGUUGCAGAAGAAAGGCGCGACAGACAUAUAUAUCUGCGGAUUAGCUUACGAUGUAUGCGUGGGUGCCACGGCGGUGGACGCUCUCACGAGCGGCUAUCGGACCAUUCUUAUCGACGAUUGCAGCAGGGGAGUAGAUCUCGUCGACAUCGAAAAAACGAAGGCAACUGUGAUAGCCGAUAACGGAGUAAUCGUAAACUCGAGCCAGGUAAAAGCGAUGGUUCAAGGUAGAGAUCGGCGACCGGAGCUUGGAUACAAAUUAGCCUUGGAAAUUAAACGCAAAUUCAAUUUAGAAGUUGAUAAUCGAUAAUUCUUAUUUCUUAGUAGAAUGGGAAUUAAGUACAUGUGAUAUAGAUAUGCCUUGUUAAAUAAAAAUUAGAUAAGCAAUCGAAUAUUUUAUAUAGAAGGCUUGGGGUAUAAGAAAGUAUGUAA